CUGUUAAUUCCUCCCCCCGUUUUUUUAGCUCCAAAUGAUUCCGGUGAUACGAGUGGUUCUUACUCCAGUCGUACUAAUCGAAUUCAAGCGGUUGACAAAAGGCAGCGCAAUUUCGUGCAUCGUGGCAGUUUGGAAGAUAUCGGGCGUCUCCGUAAGCUGGUAUUUGGGCCACGGAAAGCCAGUCGGCGCAUCUCAUGCAAAGAACUGGGUCGUGGUGACUGUCAAGGAUGGUUGUGGUUAAAAAAGUCGAACGCGUUUGUUAGCAAAUAUGUGAAACGCUGGUGUGUUUACAAGCACUCCACACUGUACUAUUAUCGAAAUCCAGAGGAUGACUGUGCUGAAGGACUGAUUCUUCUUCACGGAUUCACUGUAACUCCGGUUCCAGAAGUUAAAUCCGGUCGAUAG